UUAAUCACAUUAGAAGAAUCAAUAUCGAAUAACAUAAUCUGAUAAUGAAAGAAUAUAUACCUUACGUCAUCUACGGAUGUGUUACCAUAUUAAUAAUCACGACCAUUACUUUAAUAGUAUUCUUAGUAACCUCAUUACAUAAUGCCCAUAAGGUACUUGAUCAACCCGUCGAGCCACAAGUUCUGUCACCCAAAAGUAAAUUAUCAUUAAUAAAAGAUAAACUCCGCCAUUUCUUUACCGACAAAGACAGAUUAACACCCGAAGAAAUGGAUAUAAUAGAUCAUUACAAUUUUAAUACUUCGAUGCCGCCUCAACCGGUUUCCGCAUACUCGUCGAUAGCUCCCGGUGGAUUUAAUGGACUUCCUAACUUGGGUAUGAAAAUAUUACGUAACCUAAAUAAAGACUCAUCAAAUUCCAAGGCUGACAAAUCCCAAGAAGACUUAUUGGCCACCAUAACAACAAUGGCGGCCAUGUUUCAAUUGAUAGUCAAUAUUAAUGACAACAAACCCAAGUACCAUCAGUUAAUACUUGACUUAAUAAAGAAAAUACCAGAAUUCACUAGUAAUUCUAAGGGUACAUUCCUUUCUAACGCUAGUAAUCUAUUCAACUUAUCAACUCCCAGGCUGUUAACGAACUAUAUUAAUGCCACUGAAGACUUUAUCACUGAUUCAAAGUCCAAUAGUUUGAAACACUUCCAUGAGUUGAUCAAUAAUGACAAAAGUAUCAACGAUAUAUCAAGUGAUAUUAUUAAUAUAGACGGUUCCGCGUUCAAGUACGACGCAGAUAAAAAUCUACAUAUGAUUAACUACUCAAAUUUCUUGUCUAAUAUCGGGACAUAUAUUUAUCACUCAGAUUUUUAUGCCGCAGUUUAUACAGUCCUUGAUAUCCCGGGUAAUUAUUAUGAGGUGGUUAGAAAAUUGGUCAGGAUAUUGAUGCAUCCGAGCAUCAAGAACAUGAAUCUUGUAUUUGAUUCGCUGUGUGAUUUUAGUAUGAAUGUUACGAAAUUUGACUGGCUGGACCUCAAAGGCGAGCUAGGAUGUUAUCUGAUCCCAUCGAUUGGUCUGGGAAUUAUCAAGACCAAGGAUUUCAUGUUUUCCUUGCGUGUGCCCAUGCCGGAAAUAUCGAACUAUUGUGAUUCGGAUGCCGGUGGCUGUUUAUUGGCCGAAAUUCAAACACGGGAAAUACAUUUCGCGGAAAUGGGUGCAGCUACUGGGAUGACUGGGGAGACUAGUAGACUGGGAUUGAUAACCCAUGGGAAGACCGAGUGUUAUAAAAGGUCUGACGUUGAAGGAAUUAAUGUCAACUCGCGGGGUCAUUUCAUCGGCCGGUUGGUUGAUAAGGACAUAAUGUUCUGGAAAAUGGAAUACCGGGUAGAGAAGUUUGAGGUUAAGGAGCUGGGGGUGGUUAAUUCUAGUGGUAUGGAAGCGUUUUAUGAAGUCACUAAUAAUCAAGAGACUGAUGAUUUGUACUUUAAGUGGCGGGGUAGUGAUGAUAAAGUCGAUUAUAGUAUUGACGUGGAAGGGUUUGAAGAAGAUGGCGAUCACGUUAAGAUGGCCGCCAAAACAUCCGGACGGUUUACGUGGAAAAUGAAAGUUGGUAAUAAAGAACCGCUCAAUUUGGCGAAAGAUUGGGACGUGAUGAAAUUCGAAGAUGGUCUGAAGAUUUAUCAAGUUCGGGAAUUAGAAUUAGAAUCGAAGAAAUAUUUUAAGGUUGAAUGCAAUGAGAAAAUUAUACUGAUUGGUGGCAGCAGCACCAAAGUCGAUGAUGUUAUUAAUUAUGAUGGUGAUACUUAUCGACGUGAUAACAAAACUAUGAUGUAUAUUAAAGAAUAAUUAAAUUUGUAAUCAAUUAUAUAAUUAUUGAAGUAUUUGGAAAAUUUAAUUUUU